CUUUAUUCAAAACUUCUGAAAUUUUUUAUGCAAACUAGUCUAGCUGAGGCCUUUAUGCAGGCAAAGUUUCAGGUCAAAAUUCGAAAGUAUAGCUUUGCUACCAAUGUAGGCAUACUAUAUGGAAAAUUCACUAGGAGCACGAUACCUCUUCAGAAUCAAGCCAGAAACCCGAACUUUUUUUUACUAUAGACACAGCUCAAUGUGAGCUACAAGAUGCGCGAAACCCCGACUGAAAAGCGCUCUGACACCUGGGAAUGUUUCCUUGCUAGUGAAAUAUCAAUAGGAACCCAAUUUUUAUUGGAACACUAUUUAAUAUCUACAGGUAAAAAAGAAAAAUAACUGAAAUCAAAAGGAAACCUUUAAGGAUUUCGAUUCGACUCGAUCAAAAAUCUGAUAACUUAUGCAUGCUAGUUGAGAUUUAUUUAGAAAUAAGAAUUUGAACUUUGACAAUCACGUAGAAAUACUUUGAAUUCUUCUGAUACAAUCGAGUUAUCUUUAAAAUCUUUUUAAUAUCUUUGACAAUCUAUUCGCUCGAACUCUCUUAUUAUUAAUAAAUAAAGUCGAUAGUUAACUAAAUAGAAUUUUGAUCAGUGUGAAUUCAUUUUGAGAAAUUCUAUUAAGAAUAUAAUCGUUCAAACAAUAUUAUAAAAAAUUCAUAGAUAUAUAACUACUUUUUGGAAAAAGUUUGUUUAUCGAUUUUUUUUCGUGUUAGUUAGAUUGGAAGUGACCAAAAAAAAACAUCUUUUUUCGCCUGAAAUGCUAAAGGGUGUGGGUGUCUUCUGGGAAAUGUCUAUAAAUAGUCUCACACAUAAUUUGAAGAUUUUGAGUUGAUGUUUUACUUAUAAGUAGAGUAGCACGAUUCUCUCUCAAACGAUUCUAUUUUUUAUUGAGAUAUAAAUCUUUUGGAGACUAUGUUAGUCUAGUAAUACUUCAUGUAUGAGUAAAAUCUUAAUAAAUUUUUCUUGCGUAGAUUCAAUUAUUGAUUCAUCUAUCAAUGAACCAAUUAUAAUAUUUUGUAGUGCAUUUGAACGUGAUCAAACAACUUAUCUUCUUAAUUGACUUGUAUCCAAAGGCAAUAAUGAUGAACAACAACAACAACAAUUAUCAAAACCUUUAUUUCGUAUUUGUUCAUUUGAAGCUUUAGUUGCUGCAAUACUUCGUCGUCUUGAUAUUGGUGAUUUUGCUCAUCAAAGUGUUCGAGAACAAUUACCUUGA